AUGUUUUGUCGAAGCUUAUGCUCAAACUCCUUCACCAGCCGAAAGCCAAGCUGCGCCGAGCUGAUGGCAAGAUCAUCUGCGCAAGAUGUCGCAGAUGAUCUCGACGACGAGAUGAUGCAGGAAACCGGCAAGGAGCUGAAACCGCCGGCCAAGAUCCCAGCCGCCUCGCUUUGCAAGCUCUUUUCGAUGAUGGAUGCCGUGGAGGCAGUCGUAUUGUUGCUUGGAUGCAUCGGAGCCAUUGGUAACGGGCUGUCGCAGCCCCUCAUGUGCAUUGUUUUUGGUGACCUCAUCGACGGCAUGGGCGAAGGCACCGGGGGUGCUGAGACCUUCAGCCCUGAGCAGAUGCAGGCUGCGAUGGAUGCAAUGAUGACGAAGAUGGAGGAGCUUUGCAUCACCAUGACACUGGUGGGUGCGGGUGCGACGCUGGCGGCAACUUUGCAGGGAUGCUUUUUCAAAAUCUUUGCUGAGAAGCAAGCCUUGAAGUUCCGGGUGCUCUACUUUGACUCGGUGCUCCACCAGGAUGUGAGUUGGUACGACAACAAGGAAGUUGCAGCUUUGCCGGCCGAGAUCAAUGACGAUCUUGAGAAGAUCCAAGAUGCUUUUGGAGACAAGUUCGGAAAUGGAGUCAUGUCCACUGCCGCAUUCGUUGGUGGCUUUGGCUGUGCCUUUGGCAUGGGUUGGCUCAUUGCACUGGUGAUGUGCGCUACAUUGCCAUUCAUGGGCAUUGGUGCAGCCAUCAUGGGACAGGCUGUCCAGGAAAUUCAGAAUGAGACACAGAGUUGCUAUGCCAAGGCCUCCGCUGUUGUUGAGGAGUGUCUGCACGCCAUGCGCACAGUCGUUUCCUUCGGCGGGGAGCACCGCGAACUGAAGAAGUUCUCAGCCGCUGUCCUCGAAGCCCGCAGGGGCGGGGUGAAGAAUGGCUUCAAGAUUGGGGCAGGGCUGGGCUACACUAUGAUGAUCAUGUACCUGGGAUAUGGCCUGGCCUUCUGGUUCGGCAUGACGUUAAGGUAUAACGAUGAGAUCAACCCGGCCACCGGCAGGCUCUGGGAGCCCGGGGUGAUCUUGGCCAUCUUUUUCUGCAUCUUCGUUGGCAGUUUCAUGAUCGGCAACCUUGACCCGAGCCUGAAGGCCAUGAAAGCAGCCCAGAGUGCCGCGGGGCGGUUCUUCCAGGCCAUGGAGAGCAAGCCCAAGAUCCAGUGUCGCCUGGAGGACCGGCGUCAGGACAUCGAGAGCAUCGAGAAGUUCGACUUCCGAGAGGUGCACUUCACGUAUCCCGCACGUCCUGACGUCAAGGUCCUGAACGGCUUGUCCCUGACCAUCCAGCGCGGGAAGAAGACCGCCGUGGUCGGUGAGUCGGGCUCGGGAAAGUCAACCGUCAUGGCUCUACUAGAGCGAUUUUACGACCCGGACUCCGGCGAAGUAUUGGUGAACGGCCAGAGCAUGACCGAUUUUAAAGUGUCUUCUCUGCGACGGUGCAUUGGCUACGUGGGACAGGAGCCGGUUCUUUUCGCCAGCUCCAUCCACCGCAACAUCAUGCAGGGUAACCCCUCCGCGAGUAAGGAAGACUUCUCCAAGGCCUGUGCUGAUGCCCAGCUUGGCUUUGUUGAUACGCUGCCCGAGAAGUACAGCACUUUUGUGGGUAGCGCUGGGGGUCAGCUUUCGGGAGGUCAGAAGCAGCGCAUCGCAAUUGCCCGGGCUUUGCUCAAGAAAGCUUCCUUCCUCUUCUUGGAUGAGGCCACCAGUGCUUUGGAUAAUGCCUCGGAGAAGAUGAUCCAGGCCACCAUCGACAGCAUCAGCGCAACUACGGCUGAAGGUUUGGGUAUUGUGAGUAUUGCCCAUCGCCUAAGUACUGUGCCCAAUUCUGACCUCAUUUACGUUCUCAGCCGCGGGCAAUUGGUGGAGCAGGGGAACCAUGCAUUUCUUAUGGAGAAGCAGGGCACCUACUACGCCUUGGUCGCGGCGCAGGAGUCUGUCCACCAGGCGGACGAGCAGGAGACAGCGGAAAUGUCCCCGGUGCCGCGCGACCAGACCGUGCACGCCAAGCGCUCCUCCACACUCUCCGGUGAGUCCGAGAACCAGCGCAUUCAGCGGGAAAAGGAGGCCGAAGCCAACCGGGAGAAGGAGAUAUCCAAAGACUACAAGGUGCCUAUGAGACGGCUCUUCAGCUACAACAGGCCCGAGUGGCCCUUCUUCGUGCCCGCCAUUCUCGGCGCAAUGGUCGACGGCGCAGCAAAUCCCGUCUGCACGAUUGCCCUCGUUGGCUCGAUGAAGGCCUUUUUCAAGCCGGACAAGGAGGAAAUGAGGGCAGACUUGGAGAUGAUGGCUUUGGCUUUCGUCAUCGUUGGCGCAAGUGCCUUCGUGGGCUCCACCAUAUCCCACGGCUGCUUCUCUGUCCUUGGCGAGGCGAUGACGCAGCGUCUGAGAGUCGCAAUCCUCACAGGCUUGUUCCGUCAAGAGGUGGGCUUCCAUGACGACCCGAGGAACACCCCGGGGAUGCUCUCCAAGGCUUUGGAGCUCUGGGCCUUUCGAGUGACGACGCUGUGCAAGUCCGUGCAAGCCAAGGCAGCAGCGAUGAGUUCGUUGGUUGUUGGUCUUGUGAUUGCCUUCGUCUACUGCUGGCAGAUGUCUCUUGUGAUGCUGGGCUCUAUACCAGUCAUGGUCGCAGCGACUUCGCUUCAGUACUUAGUGGUACUCGGCGCUUCGAAGAACGAGAACGACAACAUCACCAAUGCCAACCAAAUCGUGGUGGACUCCGUCAUGAACGCUCGCACAGUACAGGCAUUGUGCGCUGAGAAAGGCCUGGUCAGCAUGUAUGUGAGUUGGGUGGAAAAGUCCAUGGUUGGCAUGUGGAGGCGAAAUAUCCUUGCUGGCAUGGGUUUCGGCAUUUCCAAUGGGAUAUUCUUCUUCAUCAUGGCCGGUGGCUUCUACAUCGCUUCCUGGCUAAUCAAGGAGAAUGUGGCAGACUUCGAGGGGGUGAUGAUGGCCUUCAUGGGCAUCUUCUACGCAGGCAUGGGGGCUGGCCAGGCUGCGGUGAUGGUGGGAGAUGCAUCGAAGGCCAAGGUUGCAUGUCAUGACAUGUUUCAGCUUAUGGACCGCAUCUCCGCCAUCGAUGGCCUUGAGCCUACCGGUGACGCCCCCAAGGAACUGGAGGCUGGUCGGAUUGAGUUCCUUGAUGUGAAGUUCUUCUACCCCUUCCGCCCGGAGGUCUUGGUACUCAAAGGUACCAGCUUCAGCAUCUUCCCUGGACAGUCUGUCGGCUUGGUUGGCCCUUCCGGGGGCGGCAAGAGCACGGUGAUGUCCUUAAUCCAGCGCUUCUACGAUCCCCAGCAGGGCCAGGUCCUCAUCGGGGCGGACCGGGUGCCUCUAAGCACAGUGAACAUCCGUUGGUGGAGGCGACAGGUCGGCUUCGUUGGCCAGGAGCCGAUCCUCUUCAACACGACUGUGCGUGCGAAUAUCAUGUACGGCCUGGAUGACAAUGAGACGGUCAGUGACGAGCACAUUUGCCGAUGUGAGAAGAUUUCCAACCUUGCCUUCCUGCACAAGAACGGCAACAAAGGCUUGGAGACGGAGGUUGGCCCCAGAGGUAGCCGCCUCUCGGGCGGCCAGAAGCAGCGUGUGGCGAUUUGCCGGGCGUUGAUGCGCAACCCACCAGUCAUGCUACUGGAUGAGGCAACCAGUGCAUUAGACACGCAGAGCGAGGCAAUCGUGCAGAAGGCGCUUGAAGCUGCGAGCGAAGGGCGCACCUCCUUCGCCAUAGCCCACCGGCUGUCCACCAUCCAAGGCUGCGACGUGAUUCUCGUGAAUGCUGACGGCCGCGUGGUGGAGAUGGGAAGUCACGCAGAAUUGAUGGCCUCCAAAGGAGUGUAUUACAAGCUGCAGAUCCAGGCACAGAAGUGA